AACAAUUUAGCCAAACUCAUUUAAUACAAAUAUAUUUGAGGGAAGAAGUACGAAUUUCAUAUUGUACUUCAAAUUGACAUGCAUUUGAUUUGAUGGCCGAUAUUCAGAAACAAAAAAUGCCAAGAAAGUUCCAGUUACAGAAAACCUACGAAACUGCCGCUGUGUUUUGAACUAUCCGACAGCUCCACAGAGCAAAAUUAGAGACCGAAACAGAGAGCUGCUGAGUCAACUUCUUCGCAGCCAUGUCUAGAUCAAACCACCAGCACCAGAUUAAUCUAGAAAUCAAGCGGCAUGAAGAUAAUAUUAAAUUUCUGCAGAGUGAGAUAAACUGCUUGAGUGAAUCUAUACUUGAUUUGCAAGGGAGUCUUGGAAAGCAUCUCCCAGCCAAUGGAACUGGAACAACAAAUGAAAGUGGCGCUACUCUUGCUGAGAAGGAUGAAACAGAACAGAUAUUGCGGCAUGAGAAAUCUGCAGCUAGUUUAUUGUGCAAACUGUUGAAAUCUCCUCACGCAACUCAGGCUUUGAAUUUGGCUCUGACAAAGGAUGUUCUGGGUAUUGUUGGCAUUGUUGCCACCCUUGGCAGAGUAGAUGAUGACAACCUUAGCAGGCUUCUCUCAGAAUACUUGGGACUGGAAACGAUGCUAGCAAUUGUAUGCAGGACGUAUGAAGGUGUUAAGGUUCUAGAAAAGUAUGAUGCGGAUGGCACAAUAAUCAGCACUGCUGGUAUACAUGGGCUAGGAUCUUCUAUUGGGAAGAGCAUAAAAGGGCGGUUUCUUGUUAUAUGUCUUGAAGAUUUAAGCCCAUAUGUUGGGGGAUUUGUUGCUGAUGACCCACAAAGGAAGCUUGCUCUUCCAAAACCAAAACUACCAAAUGGGGAGUGUCCGCCUGGCUUUCUUGAUUAUGCAGUGAACACAAUCAAUUUGGAUGACAAAAACUUGGAUUGUCUCACCAGCAGUGGGCAUGGUCUCAGAGAGACACUAUUCUAUAGCCUCUUUUCUCGCCUCCAAAUAUAUAGAACCAGAGCGGAGAUGCGUCUUGCUCUGCCAUGCAUAAAUGAUGGAGCACUGUCUUUAGAUGGCGGGGUUAUUAAAAAGAGUGGCGUGUUCAUCCUGGGAAGCAGGAAAGAUAUAGAGGUCAAAUUUCCUGCAACCUCUGGAGAAUCUAGUAUGCCUGCAAAAUACCUUGAAACUGAGGAUAUGAUCAAGAAGCUGAAAUGGGAGCGAUCUCAUGUUACCGAGGAUAUGCAAAGAGAACAAGAAUUGUUGGACUUCGCUAAGGCAAACUUCACCAGACAGGUGUGAUUCUGUGGGUUUUCCUUUUAGCGGGUACUGGCCUAAGGAUCUCUUGAAGACUAAGCAUGCAGGCCAAGAUGGUGGCAUAUCAGCAGAUUGCUUGGAAUUUUUUUUUUCCAUCUCUAAGUUCCUGCUUCAUGUGCUGUCUUUGUAUCAAAUUGUAAAAGCAGCAAAAUGUAUUGAUUCUCUCCUUCUGUUGUUUUUUGGUUGGUUGGCUUUAG